AUAAAGAACAGAGGAAAGCCGUUGUGGUGGAUGUGGCAAAAGCAGUACCCAUGGAGGGGUCUGAUAUUUUCCUCUUAUGUCCACUGUGAGAGACAUCAUCUAAAACUAUCUGGAAAUCCCAUUGGAGGAUUUUUCAAAUUAUUUAUUGGUCUGCUACUGCUACAAAUAAGCAUUUGAACCCCCGUCUAUCAGCUAGAAUUCUGACCCUCAGAGACUUGUUAGUCCACCUUUAAAUAGUCCACCUCCACUCCACUUAUUCUCCUAAAUCAGAAGCACCUGUUUGAGGUGGUUAGCUGGAUAAAGACACCUGUCCACCCCAUACAAGCAGUAAGACUCCAACUACUAACAUGGUCCAGACCAAAGAGCUGUCCAAAGACACCAGAGACCAAACUGUAGACCUUCACAAAGCCGGAAAGGCCUACGGGGCAAUUACCAAGCAGCUUGGUGAAAAAAGAUCCACUGUUGGAGCAAUUCUUAGAAAAUGGAAGAAGCUAAACAUGACUGUCAAUCUCCCUGAACUGGGGCUCCAUGCAAGAUCUCACCUGGUGGGGUCUCAAUGGUCCUAAGAAAGGUGAGGACUCAGCCCAAAACUACAUGGGAGGAGCUGGUCAGUGACCUGAAAGGACACCCGUUUCCAUUGUUACUGUUGGUAAUCCACUAAGACGACAUGGUUUGAAAUCAUGCAUGACUCAGAAGGUUCUUCUGCUUAAACCAUCACAUGUUUCAGAUGAUGUCUGUCACAGAGAACAUAUGCUGAAAAUGUCAGACUCCUCUAUGAUUUCUAAGUGGGAGAACUUGUAAAAUUAUUGGGUGAUCGACUUCUUCUUUGCCUCACUGUAUAUAUGUACUGUAUAUAGCCAAAGCUUUAUCCACACUGAUUGGUUUAGUGUUGCAAGUCCUUCCUCUGUUCCCAAAAGGAGAGUAAACAUUUCUAAUAAGAAAGGUAAUAAUUAUAAUAGUGAUGAUUUCCUGAUCAUGCUCCACAGAUUACCAGGACAAAGACAAUACAGGCAGGUGCUUUUAUCUGAUCCUGUGUUGUGCUUCAAAAUCCAGUAUGUGGGAGAGUGCUGUUGGGUACAGAGUGAAUGCGACUCUGAGAGAGGUGGGACUUUGUCAUGAUCCUGCAUGCAGCUUAUCUUAUGGUGUGUGGGAGUCAGACACAGUCCUUUGCCUUACAUAAGAGCGUAUAAAAUGUCUUCUUAUUCGAGUGCCUUUGAUGUGCUUUCUCUUUUAAUGCUGAAAGUCUCUGCGGUAAACAUCUAGUCCCCUCAGCAACAGCAGUAACAUUGCUCCCACUGCCAGAUUCCUGUACGCACAUCUGAAUGAGUGUCUCUGCACAGAUUAUGUAACUGCUAUGUUUGGUCUCUCCCAUUAUGCUCAGCACCUUCCAGAAAGACUUGCCAAAGUCACACAAGCACUAUUAUUUUCACAAUAAAACUGUGAAGUGCUGCUGCAGUCUUCUUGUGAGUCCAUAAUAACAGUGUGGUGAUCAUUACCAAACAAUACAACAGAACUCUUCUGCCAAAUACCUUUCUGUCAAAUUACUAAGAAUCUAACUCCUCUUUUUUUCUUUUUUUGGAUGUGAGGCACCAAAAGAAAGAAGUUGGAACACCCACUCACAUCAUUUCCACCUGAAAUGUCUUAAACCACACACAGGUGUUUUUACACCAGAAAGCUACCUUGGCAGAGAAAGACACAGAUGGAAAAGAACUGAAAGACGACAAUUACAUCUCUGUCUCCAUGGAAACACCAGAACAAUCAAAUCCUGUGAUGGAGUGUGAGGCGAAGGUCACUGAUUCACCUGAGCAGGAGGAGGAUUUUUCUGAAGAUAAACCAAUUAUUUUAGUGGAACCAGACUCAUCAGUCACCCCAAUGGAAACUGUGAGCUCUUCUUUUUCUGACACGCUCACCAGCACAUCUGAGACGGAUGAGACUGACCACUCUGGGACCACUGUUUGCAGUGAGCUGCCUUUCCAGUGUGGAGUAGAGGACUUGGCUUUAGAACACGAUCUUGAGGAACUCAGCAGAAACAAAUUAGUUACAUCAUCGGUCUCUGAUACUCCAUCCAGUGCAGACAGUGUUUCUCAGAAGGAGGAUCAUAAAGAGGACACACCAGAGCAAAGCCCUCAGCACAAUCCCGAAUCAGAGGUCAGUGAGCCUGAAAAUGACCCAGAACUUCAGGAGAGUUUGGAGCCUGUGGGAGAUUUUGAAAUGGGAGAUUACAGUGAGCCAGAACCCGAGCCAGAGGCACAACUGUACUUUGAGACAGAACAGGACCCUGAAUUGGAGUUAUACAGUAUCCCUUAUUCUGGCACAGCCUUCAAUGCCUUCUGUCCCGAGGAAGAUGGUUACCAAAAUCUAGAGGAAUACUCAGCUGAGGAGCCAGAGGACCAUGAAGUCCUCUACAAACCACCUUUUCAAGAAGAGUCAGAGUUAGAGCACUGCAUCAGAGAGGAGGUGAUGUCAGAUGAGUCCUGCCAUGACCUUGAUGAAAUGGAUGAAUGCCUCAGAGUUGAGAUUGAAGAAAACUUGUCAGAUAGCGAGGCAGAUGAGAAAUGGAGAACCAUUUUCUCCUCCUCCAUCAAUAAAGAGGAUGAUGACUCAUAUUUGGAUAGUCUCCAACUGAGUGCCCAGGAACUAUUUGUUCAGAAGGCAGAAGAGGCUAACCUUGAGGAACAAGAACUACGGAACUUUGAAGAAGUUAGUUUUGAGGUCCCCCAAGUGACAGAAGUCUUGGAACAGCCAAAAGAUUUAGGUUCCUUUCCCACACCUCCGCUUGAGGUGAAAUACAAUCCUCUCAGUUUCCAGAGCUUAUCCAAAAUAUCUGAAGAUGAGAAUGAAAAUGGCAAAGACUCCAAUCACAACCACACCAAGUACGUCAAUACAGGCACAACCAAGAAGCUGCCAAAAGACUUUUGUGUAAUCCAGGAGACAAAGAGUGAGAAUGUUAGCACAGAACAUGUCAAUUUUCAGAUGGCUCGUAAACAGUGGCGUGAAAUGGAAGAACAAAUGAAAAACAAGAUUAUCUUGCCCACAACUAGGCAGCCAAUGUUGCGUAGCAGUUACAGCUUCAUGCACACACCUGUUCGCAACAUUGACAGAGCUCACAACAAAGCACAUGAGCUGGAGAACCUGAAUCUGAUCGGUUUUUGCCCUCAGACACAAUUCAGCCCUUGCUCAGAGGAUUCAGGGCUGGAUGAUUCCAGUUAUAGAUCAACUUGUGAUGACCUGGAAACCCCUGUUGAAAGGGAGAUACGCAUUUCAGUGGAGAGGGAAGACCACUUCAAGAGGGAGAGGGGGUUCACCAGGAUGGGUAAGUCAACAGACUGCGCUCCAUCACGAAGCUUACCCAGGUCCAUAAGCACACCACUGACACCGUCAUUCAUUAUCACGUCUUCACCCACUGAGGAACCACUGAAACACGAAAUGUCUGCAAACAAUGUCAUUAUUCUGGACCCAAGAAAUGACCUCACCUCGGGCCCAACACCCGGUAAAGACAGCAUGCCCUCUUGGCCUGGCGGGUGGAAGUCUGAAGACAACAGCUCAAAUCUUAUCAUCCUUGAGACAUCAAACGUCAUUAUUCGCAGUGCCUCUGAGUUCUCCCUCAACAAGUCCUGUGAGCAGCCAGAAGAAAAGAUGUUUCUAAACAAUCCAUUUUUCAAGCUGAGGUCCAGAAGCUCAAUAUCAUUGGUGGAUGAAGAAAUUAAGAUGGUGAAGCAAAGGGAGGAAGAGUUGAGGAAAGAGAGGGCAAAUCUGUAUGGCAAAGACAGAUUCAGCACAGAAAAUGUGUUGACUCAUCACAUGGACACGUUGGCUUUUGACAAGUCAGUAGAUGUACCGGUGAAGUGCAAAUCGUCUCCUUCAUCCCCAAUGAAAACGGCCUACAGGAUGGAUCGCUCCGUUUUGUCCUGUGAUCACAGAUUUCCUGAGGACUACACAGGAGGAAGACGCAAGAGUGCCAUGGCUCUGCGCUGGGAGGCAGGCGAGUUUGUAAAAAACAACUGAAGUGGAAGAAGUGAACAACCUUACAGGAGAAGGGAAUACUUCUCAGUGUUGGUUUUGUUACCUUUAGAUGUGCUGCUGCAGUUAGUCGCUUCAUGUUACCGCAAAGCCAACAUUCUGCUUCUGUGAUGCCUUGGAAAAACCAUAAGAAUGUUUGUGCCACAUAUGUAAUGUCGGGGCCAUUUUUACUUGGAGUUAAAAUUUCAUACAACUGAUAAUAUGUAGGACUAGCAAUAAUCUUACAUAACCUCUUGCAUAGCCCCUAAGAAGGGAUAGGGUUUGGGGUUAGGAACAGGGUUUUUCUUCCAUCCUGUAUUUACACAAACCUGGCAUUUUCUGAAAAUCUUUGAAUCCAAACAUAGUUGGAAGCUGCAUAUUCAAACUGCUACAUUUUUUGAAAGAUAGUGAUACUAAAUACUGUCAGAUGGAUUGAUAUCUUUGAGAUAAAUUUAAUGACCCUCACUAAAUGGUCAAUAUUUUCUCUACAGAAGACAAGAUGAUAAAAAAAUUUUUAACCCAAAGGUACAACAACUUCAUAAACGGUAAUGUCUAAAAAACAACAGAUGGUAAAGACGCUUAAACCCUAAAAUUACAUAAGUUUUUUUUCCAAUACAAUAAAUAAUAAAUUGUGACUUUAUUACUGUUAAAAUACUUUUUUUUAACUCUAAUGUAGUGCAGCCUGCUCUUGUUUGCACAUUUUUAGGAAAGUACGGAACAACACUGGGCCUACAUUUGGUCAUAGUUUAUUGGUGGCAUUGCACAAAAAUGGCUGAUCAAUGUUUUCAACAUGCAAAUGCAUUAGCAUUUUUGGAUCAUUAAUCUUUUGUUGGUGUUUGCACAGACAUGCACCUCCCAGAAAUGAAGAUGUUGUCUGGAGACGGGAGGCUUUUUUUAAUAAGAUAAUUGUUCAAUCAGCCAGAAAAUAGUCCAUGAUAGGAAGUUGAAAAGAACCUGGAGCCGAAUGAAUCAAGAGGGAGCUGUAUUCAACUGUACUCAAGGUUGAUAUUUUUAUUGCUUUACAAGAACCUCUACAAAAGCCAUUAAAACCCUGCACGUCCAGUGUGGUGUCAUCUUCUUGGGGUAGUUCAGAUUCCGCUACUUGUCAUGUGGAUUUUUGUGUUUCUUGAAGUCACAGAUGGUUCUACAUAAAUACAAUAUCCGAUGGGAAGCUUGGUCUCCAAAUUAAAAUUGGGCACAAGACCAAGAGAAAAUCAAGCCAAGCUAGCGGGGCCAGUUUAUGACAAUCGGUGGUACACCGUCCAGUUGCACUGGUGCACCAGCCCAGAGCAAUAUUAUUUUUACAUUGUAAAAGAGGCUCAUGUCCUGGCCCAAGAGCCCUUAAGUCUGCUAUUGAUUCAGCUUUGAGGUAAGAGUGCGUUUUGUUGCAGCAUGAACAUAUUCUGCUUAGUAGCUGUGGAUGCCCUUUAAGAAUCUUUGGUGGAUUUAUUACUGUGACAGCGGACUGGUCAGAGAAACAUUACCAAGAUUUGAUCCAGUGGGGGGGGGGGGGGGGGGGGGGUUGCACUGAGUGCAUGUUCUGUGUAGCAUGUCACAGCAUUCACACAGAACCAUGCCACUUGGACAGAUGUGCAUUUCAGCACAGUUGAGUAACACAGCAAUGAACCAGCAUAAAGGACCUGGUUUUUGACCCCAGAUCUGGUGUUUGCUGGUCUUUGUGUCUACAUCCUAGUAGUUUACUUAUAUGAGUUCUGUGCGCCAAGAAUUAGUGUGGUUCUGGUCUCAAGACAUUCACUAUGCACAAGAUGGAAGAAACUCUGUAAGGAAAUGUUGAAACUUCCUUUUGAAAACUGCGUGUUAUCUAUGACCAGACGGAGCCAGAAGAGUUUGACUUAGGGAAUUCAUCUGGGACGUCAAACAGUGUGGACUCCCUUUAGGGCCGACUUUGGUAGAUUGUUUGGGCUGACUGAAAGAGCAUCUGCUCUUCUUGAUAAAAGGUUCCUGCCAGAUUUAUUGCAAGAUCUCUAAAGUAUUUCUGCAUGCUGCAUGUUUGCCCCAGACUAUCAUGUCUGUGAGCCUCAUCAAUACUCAAGCAUUUUGAGAAUGGAUCUGAUUUUGUUUAGAGCAUCCACACAACACUUGAACUGAUCUGUGAAGGAUGUGUCCACUUUCUCAGAGAAGUCCCCACACUGAAGGUGGGUUGGUUCCAGCACAUUGGAUAUGGACAGGCAAUAAAGCUAGUUGGGCAAUUUUUGAAACUUUGAGAUUAAUGUUUGUUACAAUUCAAUAAAAAUGGGGCUGGGUGGGGGGGUAAACUGUAAAUGAUUUGUAGGAAAGUGUUGGGUUGUUGCAUUGUGUGUCUGCCUAAUAUAACUGUCAGCUUUCUUUGUUCAUGAGAUGACGUUACAAUGGAGGACUUCUCCUGUCAAAGUGAAUCAGCAGAAAUGAUAGAAGAAUCGUCUGGAAACUCUCACCUGCAGCAUUUUGAGGAAGCAUUUGGAUUUUGUUUCUUAUCUUACAUAAAACUGUCGAUUUGAGAGAAUGUGGUUGAAAAAGCACAAAGAUUCAACAGAGGACACAUUUUUCUGUUUUUUUUCCUGCUGACUGAAUGUACUGCAUCUGACAAAUUUACUGUAUGUUGGACGUCACAGAAGGUUUCUAUUAAUGACAACUGUAAAAGCCAUUUGUAAACAUAUUUUUGGUGUUGCUGCUUAUUCAUGAAGAGAAAUGUUUCUAUAUUGCCUAAUGUAUUUCAGCUGAAUUUUCCUAUCGUGUCAUGCUUUGUGCUUCAGGGAAAACUGGUUGUUUUGAAUUAAAUACUCUGUACAAAAUAAGUUACACAUGUUUUUAUGAAAUGUAAAAUGGAAGAAAGUAUAAUGGCUAUAUUAAGUUCCUGCUGUUCUAACACAAUAACUGUUAAGAGAACCUUUUCCAAUGCACAUCAAUUUUAAGCACAUUUCCCUCUGGGAGAUUUAGGACAGAGAUGAUGCUGCAGUGCAACACUAACCAGGGUUUCUCAUUCCCUCAACAAAGAAAUGAAAAUAGAAAGGAUGGAGUCAUCACUCUUACAAGAUCUUGUCUUCUUGCUUUUUUACUUCAUUUUUUUAACGGCUAAACAUUCUGGCCUUCCCAAACCAAGUAAAUGUAUGUAAGAAUAUGUGAUGUGAUGUGAUGUGAUGUAUGUGCAGAUCUUCUACAUUUCUUCUGGAUCUUGUGGGUUUUCUAUGAUCGGACCUGAGCUGACUCACACCGUCCAUCACUAAAGGAUGAAAUCAUCCUUGAAACAAGCUCAGGAAACAAAGCGCAGGGAUUUUUACACAAACGGACACAUCCAGUAUCUAACCCAUCCAUGUGUAACAAAAACGAAGCUCACACAAAAACCUGCAUGCAAAUGCAUUCACACUCACCAAUUCAAAAACGAUGAACUAGGAACUGUAACUCAACACCUUUAACUACAACACCCUGUUCUGUGUGUGAGUGUGCACGUGUGACACCAAUGCACAGCUGCCGCUUUACACUCACAACUACUGUGUGACACAGGCUGGCUGCUCAGUAGGGCUUUGCCAAGAUAACGGGAGUGGAUGUAUGUACAUGGAAGGCAGUGAUCAUGCCAGGCUAUUCCUAACAUUUGCAUGACAGUGAGGGUCACCUCUACACACACCAAAGACAAUAGUAUUUUCAGACAAAACAAAGAGAAACUUCAUGAUUUAUUCGUCUAUUAGAGUGUUUAGAAUGAUUUACAUGGUCAGAUGGGUUAGAUAAAAUUGUUUUUGUUUUUACUUGAUCUUUUUCUUCAAGCAGAAGACAACAUGAAAAGUGAUGAUUCCAUUAUUUUAUGCCAAUGACGGUACCAGAACCAGAACCACAAGUGAUUUGUGAAGUGGAUUGUUGACGGGUUGAACAUGAAAGAAUCAGAGAAUGUGAACAGCACGGGUUUUAAAAUGAAUGUGAUUCAGCUUUACUGAGAAAUACUAAUGUCAAGAAGACCUGAAUAUUGUUUUUUACAUGGUAAUUAUCUUAAAGUUCUUUAACAAAACCAUGUUUAAUUCAUAAUAAAGCCUUUAUUUUCUAAGACACAGCAAGACCUUAACCUGCGUGUGACACAAGUGAUGUUAUUCUGAACAGACGGACAUGUUUCACAAGUACAUGAAAGAACUUUCAAAACACUCUGAUUAAAAAAUGUUUGCUGUUUUAAACAUGUCUUUGUAUCUCCAUCUGCUGGGUAAAUCAGUUGAAGGAAGGUUUCAUUCAGAAGACCUUUCCCAGAGCGCCUCACUACACUGAAUGUCUGUACGCUCUGCUGUGUAGGUGUAGCUUUGGAGUCCAAACAGUUGCUUCUUGAUGUCUGAAGACGCGCAGGUACCUGCCGUGUGUUUGGAGGCCAGGUGGAAGGGCAGGGGCUGAUAACAUUUCAUUUGUGCUUCAAAGACAUUUGUGAAACAAUAAAAAUGUAAAGGAAGA